AUGGCUGUUGGAAAGAACAAGCGCCUUAGCAAGGGUAAGAAGGGUAUCAAGAAGCGCACUGUCGACCCCUUCACCCGCAAGGACGAGUACUCCGUCAAGGCCCCCUCCACCUUCCAGACCCGCGAUGUCGGCAAGACCCUUGUCAACCGCACCAGCGGUCUGAAGAACGCCAACGACUCCCUCAAGGGCCGUAUCUUCGAGGUCUCCCUCGCCGACCUGCAGAACGAUGAGGACCACUCCUUCCGCAAGGUCAAGCUCCGCGUCGACGAGAUCCAGGGCAAGAACUGCCUGACCAACUUCCACGGUCUGGACUUCACCACCGACAAGCUGCGCUCCCUCGUCCGCAAGUGGCAGUCUCUCAUUGAGGCCAACGUCACCGUGAAGACCACUGACGACUACCUCAUCCGUCUGUUCGCCAUUGCCUUCACCAAGCGUCGCCCCAACCAGAUUAAGAAGACCACCUACGCUCGCUCUUCUCAAAUCCGGGCCAUCCGCAAGAAGAUGACCGAGAUCAUCCAGCGCGAGGCCACCAGCUGCACCCUGUCUCAGCUCACCCACAAGCUCAUCCCCGAGGUUAUUGGCCGUGAGAUCGAGAAGUCCACCCAGGGCAUCUACCCCCUGCAGAAUGUCCACAUUCGCAAGGUUAAGCUGCUCAAGCAGCCCAAGUUCGACCUGGGCGCCCUCCUGUCCCUCCACGGCGAGUCGGCCACUGAUGACAAGGGCCAGAAGGUCGAGCGGGAGUUCAAGGAGACUGUUCUGGAGGCCGUUUAA